CAAAGUGCUGGGAUUAUAGGUGUGAGCCAUCACGCCUGGCCUUUUAUUGGCUUUUAAAGAUGCUACUUGUUCCAUUACAGUGGAAGUAACUGUUAACAUAUUCUUGUCUGAAAUUUUUGAAACAGCACUGCAGAUCCCGCAUCAGGGGUGAUACAGGCCAAGUAUUCUUAUUCUGAUACCACUGUACUGGGCAGGCAAAUUUAGCAUGUCCAUCACAGCAUAGUGGCCUUCUCUGCGUCUUGCAUAUGGAAUUCAAAAGGCUGAUUUUCUUUCUCAGAAACUAAGGUUUUGGGGAACCCUGCAGCUCAUGGGGGCAGGAGCAGGGGUCUAGGGCUAAGCAGUAAUACCGCCUAGCCAGCCAAGGGGUGCAAAAGUAAGAAAUACUGGGAGUAGAACUCCCAGAAGCCUGGCCUAUAAAUCAGUGCUUUCUUGAAUUUCAGACAGGGAGUGUAUAUUCUUGUUGUUGAAGAUGCUCCCUAAUACAUUUUAUACUUUUUGUUAUCAUGGGCAAAUUGACAGUCAGACUUUUCUAGACUUAAUUUACAAAAUAGCACUCUUAAGCUCUUCUUUAUGAUCACCAUGGACCAGAACACUGUUUUCCAUCUCUGCGGGGACAUAAGGCUGUUCCACUUUCCCAUAAGAGCAGUAUAUAUUUGCUUGGGUGUCUUGGUUGUGUGUGUGUGUGUGUGUGUGUGUGUGUGUGUGUGUGUGUGUGUGUGUGUGUGUUGAGGGGAGUUGUUACUUAUAAUUGAUGGGGUACAACAUCCAGGUUCAUGAGUGUGGGAAUUUUAGGGAGGUUUGGAGUCUCAUGUCAUCUUUACUUCUAACUUCUCAAUAUCCUGCUUUUCUUCAUGCAGGGGACAUGGAGGAAGAAAGAACAACUGCUGAGUUACAGAAAAAUAGGAUACAGGACUCAGUAGUCUUUGAGGAUGUGGCUGUGAACUUUACCCAGGAGGAAUGGGCUUUGCUGGAUCUUGCUCAGAGGAACCUCUACAGAGAUGUGAUGCUGGAAAACUUCCAGAACCUGGCCUCGCUAGGGUAUCUGCUACACACACCCCAUCUGAUCUCCCAGUGGGAACAAGAGGAAGACCUGCAGACACUGAAGAGAGAACUUAUCCAGGGCAUCUGUGUGAGAGAGCACCAGGAAGGUUUUGAGACUCAACUUAAAACUAAUGAAUCGGUUGCCCCACCAGAUAUUUGUGGAGAGAAAAUAUCCAAUGAACAGAAAAUAGUAAGAUUCAAAAGGAAUGAUUCCUGGUUCUCCAGUUUACAUGAAAACCAAGAAUCCUGUGGUACUGAUUAUCAGAACAAAAGCCAUGAGAGGCAGUUGAGAAAUCCUAUGGUAGAAAACAUCUAUGAAUGUAGUGAAGAAAAUCAACAUGGACAGACCUUCAGCCAAGUUCCAAAUCUUGAUUCAGUCAAGAGAACAACUGAAGUAAAAUCCUGUGAAUGCCACGAGUGUGGAAAGGUCUUCGUGGAUCAUUCGUCCCUUAGGAAUCACAUCAGGUCUCAUACUGGAAGCAAACCCUAUGAGUGCAAGGAAUGUGGGAAGGCCUUCCAUUUUCUUGCUUGUUUUAAGAAGCAUAUGAAAACCCCCACUGAAGAGAAGCCCUAUGAAUGUAAGGAAUGUACCAAAGCCUUCAGUUGUUCCUCAUUCUUUAGGGCACAUAUGAAGCUUCACGUGGGAAAGACGAACUAUGAAUGUAAGGAAUGUGGAAAAGCUUUCAGUUGUUCCUCAUCGCUUACAGAACACAAAAGGAUUCAUAGUGGAGAUAAGCCUUAUGAAUGUAAGGAAUGUGGGAAGGCCUUCAGUUGUUCCUCCUCACUCUCCAAACACAAAAGGAUUCAUAGCGGAGAUAAGCCAUAUGAAUGUAAGGAAUGUGGGAAGGCCUUCAGUUCUUCCUCUCACCUUAUAAUACAUAUAAGAAUUCACACUGGAGAGAAGCCGUAUGAAUGUAAAGAGUGUGGGAAGGCCUUCAGCGAGUCCUCAAAACUCACUGUACACGUGAGAACACAUACCGGAGAGAAACCCUACAAAUGUAAGGAAUGUGGGAAAGCCUACAAUUGUCCCUCCUCCUUGAGUAUCCAUAUGAGAAAACACACUGGAGAAAAACCCUAUGAAUGUCUGGAAUGUGGAAAGGCCUUCUAUCUUCCCACUUCCCUUAAUACACAUGUGAAAAAUCAAAGUCGAGAGAAGCCCUACGAAUGUAAGGAAUGUGGGAAGGCCUUUAGUUGUCCCUCAUCCUUUAGGGCACAUGUGAGAGAUCACACUGGAAAGAUACAGUAUGAAUGUAAGGAGUGUGGGAAGACCUUUAGUCGUUCCUCGUCCCUCACCGAACACUUAAGAACUCACAGUGGAGAGAAGCCGUAUGAAUGUAAGGAAUGUGGGAAAGCCUUCAUUAGUUCCUCCCACCUUACAGUACAUAUCAGAACUCACACUGGAGAGAAACCUUAUGAAUGUAAGAAAUGUGGGAAAGCAUUUAUUUAUCCCUCAGCCCUUAGGAUCCACAUGAGAACACACACUGGGGAAAAGCCCUAUGAAUGUAAGGAAUGUGGGAAAGCAUUUCGUCAUUCUUCAUACCUUACUGUACAUGCAAGAAUGCACACUGGAGAGAAACCCUUUGAAUGUCUGGAAUGUGGGAAAGCCUUCAGUUGUCCCUCAUCCUUUCGAAGACACGUGAGAAGCCACACUGGAGAGAAACCUUAUGAAUGUAAGGAAUGUGGGAAAGCCUUUGUUUGUCCUGCCUACUUUCGAAGACAUGUGAAAACUCACACUAGAGAAAACAUACAAAUGUAAGGAAUAUGGGAAUGUCUGCAGAGCUUCAGAUCCUAGGCAACUUGUGAGGUCUCAUACUGUGGAGACACCCUAUGAAUGUUAGAAAGUAGGAAAUUGUUGCUUAUCGUUUUGAAGAUUUGAGGACGCCUUAGAGAAAUCCUGUGUAUGUAAAUCAUGUGCUAAAGCCUUUAUGAACAUUACUUACUAUGUAUAAGAGAAUUCAUACUAGAAAUGAAGAUCAGUGCCUCAUCCUUUAAGUGAACAACUGGCUCGCUGAUUACCAGUGUUUUCUGAUGGAACAUUUAAGGUGAUAAAUUUACCUUUUCAGCUCUAGCCACAUACUUUUUAUUAUGAGGUGCUUUCAUUUUGGUUCUGAUAUAAAUAUAAUUUCCGUUAUAAAGUCUUUUGGAUCCAUGGAGGAUAUGAAAUAUUUUUUCUGUAUAGGCACCAGUGGUCUUUUUAAAAAAAGUGUUUUCUAAUUAAUGUUCAUUGUUCUUUAAGUGGGUAGUCAUUAUAAUAUUGACACUUUGGUUUUGUUGGUAUUUUGCUUUUAGUGUACAUGGCAGACAAUGGAAAUUGCCCACUCAGUAUUUUUCUUGUUCUUUUUUGCUAAGAGCCUUAAGGUUUUGAGAUGAUCAGUUUUUACUGUUAAAUGCCUUUCCUGUCUAGUGAGUAAUUCAGCAGAAAUUAAUUUAAUAUACUAUUUUUAUAUUUUGUUCUUUGUCCUUACUCAUGGCUGGGAAUUGGAUCCAGUGUUUUGAGUAUAAAAAUUGUGUUACAUUAACUACAUUUCCCAGAAUCACUUUUUUCUCCAGUUGUGUUAGACUUGUCUAAAGAGUUUAUAUGAGAUGUGAAAGGCAUAAGGGAAGAAAAAGCCAUUAUGCUAUGUUUAGUGGGGCCAUCAGACAGGGAGACAGAUGUAUAAAGGCCUGGUCACCUAGUUUUCAGCUCAUUUUUCUGAUUGUUGGACUCAUUGAUUAAUAUUUGCCCAAAACUGAAUUUUAUAGCUGGGUGUGAUGGCUCAGGAGGAUCACUUGAGCCCAGGAGUUUGGAGCAGCAGUAAACUAUGAUCAUGCCACUGCACUCCAGCCUGAGUGGCAGAGUGAGACCCUUUCUCAAAAACAAAAUAAAACACUGAACAUUAAAUGCUUGCUUGACUUCAGUGUCCUCUGAGGCAGCAGCUCUACAGCUAUCACCACAUACAGCUUCUUGGAUUUUCUGGCAAGCUCUGGGAUUGCCAUUUUUCUUAUGUUGCAGUCUGUCUUACACAGUCCAACCGCAUCAUGUCACUCUAUUCAUGGGGAAAGAUAUUUUUGCAAGUCUCAAAAGUAAGAGCUGUGGAGAGUGAGAGGGGUUACCCUUAGUAAUUGAGGUAAGCAUCCACAGGGUGUCAUCCCGUUUUAAUGGAGGAAGAUUUAUACUUGACACCUUCAAACAGAAAAGAUUUUACUGCUUUUUUUCCUUAAUGUAAGAACAUGAAUUGCUUCAGGCACUUUUAGCUAUAGUAUUAUAGUUUCCCUUUAAAAGUAUUAUUCUACUACUUGCCCUUAAUCACUUUUUAUUUUAUGUUAUACAUACGCUAACAUGCAUGAAGUAUGCUAGUCUUCAAUGUACAGCUUGAUGAAAUUUCAUGUAUGUAUACGUCCUAGUAAACAGAGAACAUUUCCAGGACAUUAGGAAAUUCCUUCAUCCUCUUUCUCAGUGAUUAAUUACUCCACAGGGCAACGACAAUUUUGACUCUUACUAUAAUUGACUUGGUGUGUUUGUUCUUGAUUUUCAUCUAAAUGUGAAAAUAUAAUAUGUACAGUUAAUGUGUUUUGGCUUCUUUUGCUCAACAAAAUGUGUAGUUGACUUUUAAUUGCUCUUUUGAUAGAUGUAUGGGCUUAUUUAUCUUGGUAUGUGCUAUAUGUGCAGGAAUGAAUUUACUGAUCAUAGGGUAGACUUUCAGUUUGGUUUUGGUAGGUAUUCCAGUUUUCAAAAAAAUACUGGUUCCACCAAGAAUCCCCAGAACAAUGUAUGACAGUUGUAGUUGUUUCACACACCUGGCCAGCACUUUCUGAUUUUAAUCAUUCAGCAGAGCAUGCAUUUACCUGAUGUGUAAUGAUUUUGAGUACUUUUCAGUGUGCUUAUUGGCUAUUUGGAUUUUUUUUGUGAGGGCACCUGUUGAAACAUUUAUGGUUUCACUGAUUUAUGGUUCCUUUUUUAAAAGAAAAGUUGAAGGGUUUUCUUCUGGUUAUGUGCCCUUUAUUGCAUAUAUGUGUAUCUAUAUCUAGGUACACAUGCAUACAUGUGUAUAAACCAUGUAUUAUAUAUUACAUAUAUACAUAAAAUAUGUAUAUUAUAUAUACAUAUAUUACAGAUAACAUUUCCCAAUCUCCAUCUUGUCUUUUCACUCUUUAAAGGGAAUUCGUUGGCUUAAAUAAUUUAUUACUAAAAAGUCCUUGGGUAUAACAAGCUUCAGGCAUGGCUAAAUCCUGGGACUAAAAAAAACGUUAUCUAGUUGAAUUCUGUCUCCCUGUCUUGGCUGUGUAUCCUCUCGCAUUAGCUUUUGUUCCAAGCAGGUUGUCUCUUCAUAGCAGGCCCUAGAAACUCUGGCUGCUAUUUUCCCGGCUUAAAGUCUCAGGGAGAAAAGAGUGAUUGUUUUUUUUGAACAGUUCCAAUAUGAUUCUCAGAAUUGAAUCUGGUUGGCUCUGACUGGCUCACUUGCCUGCUGUACUCUAGUCACUGGCCUGGGGAAUGUAAUACUCAUUUGUUUAGGGUUAGCGCCCGCGCUUAUCCAGAUACUGGGUUAGAGUCUACACUGACUGUGUCAGAGUUCUGGCAGUUCUGACACAUAUGGAAAGGGGAGAAGGCAGCAGUGGGCAGGUAGGAUCUAAAAAUAGGGGUAAUAUUGUUAGCUAUCAUGCUGGUCUUAGCAGCAAGUGGGAUCUGUGAAGUCUGGGAACUCUGCUAGGGGUUCCUAGAUAGCAUUUUAGAAAAGUCAAAUGUGAUCUGUUAACAUGUCUUUAGAUCACUAAAGAUUUCUGCUCAGUCUUUAAUGAGCGUAGAGAUCAACUUGAGAUCUGACACUUGUUUAAGAAUUAUUUGCCUGGACCAAGAUAAUGAAUCUAUUCUCCUAUGUUUUCUUCUAUAUUCUUUAUUGUUUUUAUUUAGAUCUGUGAUCUAUUUUGAAUAAUUUUUUUGUAGUGCGUGAGGUAGGAUCAAGGUGUGUAUAUAUAGAUUUAUCAAAGAGACCAUACUUUUCCCCUCUGCUUAGGCAAUCUCUGCCCCUUGGUUCAUUUGUCUUUCCUUGCACCAUUACUGUACUAUCUUAAUUAUGUUGCUUUGUAAUAUUUUUGUAAAUCUGGUAGUGAGAGCCUUCCAGCUUUUUAUUCUUUAAGAUUGUCUUGCCUUCUGUGUUCCCAUGUUUUCUAAAUUAAUUUUGCAAUCUCAGGAUUAAUUUUCACAAAUAAAUUUUUUGGUACUGUGCUUGUGAUUGCAUUGACUUUAUAAAACAACCUAAGGAUAAUUGACAUCUUUACAAUAUUGAAUUUUCCAAUUAAUGAAUGUGGUAUAAUUGUCCAUUUACCUAGGUUGUCUUUAACUUUUCUCAAUUUAAAGUUUUAAUUGUAGAAGUCUUGAUUUGUUUAUUUCUAAGUAUGUGGAAUAUUUUACUUUGUAAAUAUUUUAAAUUUGUUUUUCAAUAUUUUUGGCUAGUACAUAGAAUUGCAGUAUCUUUUUGUAUAUUGACUUUAUAGCUGGUGACAUUUAUAAAUCCAAUUAUUUAUUCAAAUGCUUUGUGGAUUAUUUUGGAUUUUUUAUAUAUAUAUAAUCCUGUUAAUACCAAUAAAAGAAAGUCUUACCUAAUUUCUAAA